UCAAAACAGCGCACAAUUGGACAAAAUGGCAAACUUGGCCCAUGUGUUCCAAUCAAGUCAGCUGAGGAGGAAGCAAAGAGCCACAAUGUUACUGAAAUUCCGGUUAAUGUUGAGAGAUUUAGAGAGGAAACUAAAUUGUUUGGAAAAAAUUCUACAAGUGAUGAUGGUCUGACUGAAUGGCAAAAGAAAAUGAAUGAAGCUGCUUUUGCUCUUUGUAUGGGAACCCCAUCACUCACUUUGAAUAGGGGUAAGCUUCUGGAAAAAGCCAGAGAAAAAGUUGCUAACGAUGGAUUCAACUACAAAAAAGGCAAGUCUCGUUCCAAAAAGUUCGGAGCGGUAUCCACAGGAGACAGCAAAGUAAAACGGGCAAAACUUGAUUCAGAUGAGCGAAGAAUUCUAAUAGAAGAAACAAAAGAAUCAAUCAAAGAACAAAGCGAAAAGCUUGCAAUGCUGGAAAGAGAGAAGUGUAAAUUAGUCAAUAUGAACCAAUUUGGAGCAGCAUCUCAUAUCCUGGACAGAAGUAGCUCUGCAAGAAAGGAGAAAGGACAACUUGUUAAAAAGCUAGCAGCCUUGGAACAAAAAGAAUCAAAGGCAAUAAAAAGAAAACUCGCACUACAGGGAGAAAAAGGAAAGAAAACUGCAAAAACAGCAGAUGAGGAACACGCUGUGAAAAAGAACGACAACUCCAUAGCAAAAUAUCUCAAUCCUAAAGAAACCCAGGAAAAGAGUGAAAAUGCUAUGGGAGAGGAAACUGAAAAACAGAAUGAAACAACUGUGCAAGAGGAGAAAGAGAAGAAAGACCAUUUUUUGUAACAAACGCGGCACUGACUACAGAAACACAACAGAGUGGAAAUGGCAUGGAAACAUAUAGCAAGUACUUAAAAUAUACAACAUCAGGAGGGUUGGGAAACAAGGAACUGUACAAAAUUUCAAAUGGCCUUUAUGUUUCACAGCUACCAGAAUUAUCAGUAGCAGAUUACAUAAUAUGCAAAGAGCAGAACUGUAACAAAUUACAUAAUGUGAAUGGAGGCAUAUCUGUAUGCAGUAAGUGUUGUGGUCUUGUCAGUGUCGCAAAGGAAAUUCAAGAAAAAGGAAUGGUCAAAGUUAGUGAGACAUUCAAGAAGUAUUUCAGUGGAAAUACGUACUCAAGUGAAAAGGCAGUUCGAAAGUUUAUGAGCCUUCCAGUCGUUAUUUUUGAGUUAGGUGACGCCAGUAAAGGAACACAAACACUGUACAUGAUAGAACGACAUCCUGGAGUUGAUUACAUUAAAUACGUUGAGUUACUCAGGUCUGCUAGUGGUUCUAUAGACACUAGCUAUUCUUCAAAUAGCAUUAACAAAGAGAAACUUAAGGCCUUGUGUGAAUUGGCAUCUUCUGAGAAAGAUAGAAAACUUAUAAAAUACGCUAUGUGUGGAGAUUUAUCGAACAAAAAAGCCAAGAAGUAUGGACUUUCUAACUGGAACAGGCAAAAGGAUGAAAUAGAAAGUUCUCUAGAAAGGAGUAAAGAAAUAAGGGAAGCAGUAAAUGAGCUAGCUUGCUUAGAAGAAAAGACUGUUCUCAGAAGUUAUGGCAUUGAAAUUGAAAGUGACAAUGAGAGCCUUAUCUCCAGAGAAUCUGGAGAAUCCUGUGAUUGGGACAGUGAGAAAGAAAGCGAUUCAGAGGAAGAAUCAGAGGGUGGUCAAACUAACAGUGAAAGAGAAAUGGCAGACUGCCGAUUAGACAAACAUUCUGAAGAGUACAACCUUGAUCCUGACAGAGUACAAAAGGAAAGUACACCACUUGUUUCUGAUGUGCCAUCAUUUGAUCAUUUAGUGUUCAUUUUGCGACAAAAUAAUCUGAAUUGGUUUUCGUUUGUUGAAGAAAUAAAGUCAACUAUUCGCGGCCUCUCUGCUGAGGCAAUGAACCAGGUCUUGAUUGACUUUGCCCACUACUUGCCUGUAAGUGACUUGAGCGACGAUGAAGAGAGAGAAGUGGAACAUUCACGACAGUCAUUUCUGCUAUACUACAGAGAGAAAAAGAUAGAGGAGCGUGAGAUUGAUAUGCUUGAGGGAAAUGUGUGCUCUGAUUCAGAAUCAGACAAUCCAGAUGAGUGGAUAGAUGUUGAUUUAAGAACUGAGGCUGGGAAAAAGUUGAUCCGGAAAGAAAGAAGAAGGAUCAGGCAAAAAGCAAAGCGGCAAGCUGCCAAGCGUGUUGCAGAGGAAUGCCUUCUGAGACGAAAAAUUCCUAAGCGUGUAGGACGUGUUCUUAGAGACUUCCCUGACAUUGGAAAAGAAAUUGAAAAUUUUGUUCAAUCUAAAAGAGUAGGUGCUGACGCUUGGCGACGAACAGGGAUUUUGACUUUUGAUGGAAACGUGAAACAGGGCCAGAAGGUAACGUACAAAAGAAUAAAACAGCAUCUAGAAGAGAAAUACAACACUACCUUUAGUUAUGGUACGAUUGUGCAGCUAUCUGUUGUGAAGAACAAGAGAAGAUUAAGUGCAAAGCGGUAUAAAGGUGUUGCUCGCAUAACCUGUAGAAGAGCAAGGAAAGGUUUCUCCCUGCGAUUUAAUCCCGAUGCACACUGGAGCUGUUCAUUAUACAAAGGCCUAGAUAAAAUCCAACUGCAAGAUGGUACUGACAAGUGUGUCCUUAAUCGAGAUGAUGCAGCGGGUUUCCGGUUAGAUACAACCUACACCCACAAACAGAACAAAGUCCUCUCUAUUUCAGCAUCACCAGAGGUAACGACCCGCACAGACUUUGUCAACAAGUAUUCCUCUAUUCUACAAGUUUCAUCCUAUUUAAUCAUGGAAACUGAAAACACAUCAGAUGUGUGUGCAGCUGUUGUUAAAGGCCAAGCCCUUUUUAGAAAGAAUGCAGCACAACACUUGUCUGAUCUCACAAUGCUGCAACAAACUAAUCCAUCAUUUAAGGAAUCUUUGGCAAAAGAUAUAGAAUGUAUCAGGGUUGAUGGGGCCUCUGAUGAGGGGCCAGGGCAUGAAGAAGUCCAAUUUUAUUGGACUGAGAGACAUUUGUCAAUGAGCAAAGCAUGUACGAUUGUUACUACAAGGCACAGUGGUGGCAGUUACCUUAACAAAGUCGAACUCCUGAAUGGAUGUAUUUCUGUAGGUCAUUCUAAUGUUUUCAUACCAUCAACGCUGAAUGGACCAUGCUAUACAGAUGAAGGCUCAAUUGAUGACGAGAAAGUGAAACUAAACCAGGACAUUGCAACUGAUGUCUACAUUGACCGUGUUUCUGGUUCAACGUUCAAUGGGAAAGAAAUUUAUUUCACAAAAGGCGCAAGUGAUGCUCAGGCAAUUUACAACCAAAGCAGACGCGAUCACCUUUUGGUAUUCUUGAAAGGAAGUAAGAAGCAAAAAGCAGUGUUAAAGAAAGAACAAUCUACAUUAUAUACUUAUUUUGAGGAAGUGUGGAAAGUAAGGAAUAGCCACAUGGUGAAAGGACUACCCUGCCAGUAUGUGUUUGUACUUCUACCAUGCUACAAACACGACUGCAGUCAUGAACUUUGUGGAAAGGGUAAACCAGAAAAAGACAGACUUUGGUAUGAGAAUGGCCCUCCCCUGAGAAAUAUUCCAUUCCCCAUUCCUGACCAGAAACGACCAUGGGGCAGUGAAGAUUGUACUGAAUGUCAGUCUGUUUGUAGUGGGCAUUUCCUUUCCCCAGAAGAUAAUAUUCAACAUGUGGCAAAACACGGAACAGGAGACUGUCAGUUCUCUCCACCAAGUGAAGUUAUCAAGUCCGCGUUCAGUAAAAGAGCAAGGCAGGGCCAGCUGAUGGAUGAGAACACAAUACUAACCUUAGCCAAAACAACUCUCCUUAGCAAGGAAGAAGUCCAGAUGUGGGUGGACCACUUGUCCUGCUUGGCAAAGCAUAGGCAAGCUGGUGCGAAAAAAGCUGCCAAAUCAAGAGCUAAAAAAGGUACAUCGUAUAUUUUAAAUCUUUGA